GGUAACGAAGGUUGAAUAACUCUUCGAACUUUCAAAAAUUCUCCCCUCCAAGGAAAUGCCCGCCACCCAUGGCGCGGCGAUCCUUCCACUUCCUCCACCUUCACCCUUCCCCUUCCUUCUUACAAACCCAGCUUGCCCACUCCCACUUCCUCAAGUCCGGCCUCACCGCCGACGCCCACCUAGCCGCCAAAAUCCUCUCCCUUUACGUCACCCACCACCGCUUCACCGACGCCACCGCCUUCCUCUUAUCCCUUCCCGAACCCGAAACCUUCUCCUUCUCCUCUCUCAUCUCCUCCCUUUCCCGUUCUCCCUUCUCUUUCCUCUCCCUCCUCCCCCGCAUGCUUUCUCUCCGUUUCCUCCUCGACCCCUUCGUUCUCCCCUCAGCUCUCAAGGCCUGCGCCGCACUCACUUCCCUCAUUGCCGGCCGGAGUCUCCACGUGUUCGCUGUAGUUUCAGGACUUUGCAAUGACCCCGUCAUUUUGUCCUCCCUCCUCCACCUGUACCUGAAGUGUGGCGUCCAAAAUGAUGCACACAAAGUGUUUGGCAGAAUGCCCCAACCAUCUGUCGUAGCCUAUAGUGCCUUGCUCGCUGAUGCUGCUUCUCGUGGCAGUGUUUCCGUAGUAAAGAGGCUCCUUUAUCAGAUGCAGAUGUCUGGGGUGGAGCCGAAUUCGGUCACUUGGAAUGGCCUCAUUGCAGGAUUUAGCCGAAGCGGGCAUCCCCACGAAGCACUUUCCAUGCUUCAAAGUAUGCAUUUUGAGGGGUGUGGGUUGGAUAGUGUCGGUGUCUCCAGCGCUCUGUCUGCGGUGGGGGAUGUAGAAGAUUCUUGGGUGGGUUUGCAGAUUCAUGGGUGUAGCAUUAAGCAUGGAUUCAAUUCAGAUGUUUGUGUGGUGAGUGCACUCAUCAACAUGUAUGGGAAGUGCCGGGUUACGGAGGAGAUGAGUAAGGUGUUUGAUGAAGGUGGUCAUAUGGAUGUUGGAUCUUGCAAUGCCCUUGUUGCUGGGUUUGCUCGAAAUGGUCUUGUCUGCGAGGCUGUGAUGAGGUUUAGGAGGUUUCAAGAGCAGAGAAUUGAGCUGAAUGUUGUGUCAUGGACCUCCAUUGUUGCUUGCUGUGCUCAGAAUGGGAAGGAUGUGGAAGCAAUGGAGUUCUUUAGGGAGAUGCAGGGUGUCGGUAUUCGACCAAAUUCUGUGACUAUCCCUAGCCUUUUGCCUGCGUGUGCCAACAUUGCUUCUUUGAUGAAUGGGAGAUCAGCCCAUAGCUUCUCUCUUCGAAGUGGAAUUUCACAUGAUGUGUACGUUGGCAGUGCUCUCAUUGACUUGUAUGCUAAGUGUGGUAGAGUUAGAGAGGCCCGGGUUGUCCUUGACGCAAUGCCGAUUAAGAAUGUAGUAUCAUGGAAUGCAAUGUUGGGUGGUUAUGCCAUGCAUGGAAGAGCAAAAGAUGCGAUUGAUCUUUUUUGUUUGAUGGAAGUGAGCGACCAGAAGCCUGACUCAGUAAGCUUCACCUGCUUGCUUUCAUCCUUCAGUCAAGCAGGAAUGAAAGAUGAAGGGUGGUUGUUUUUCCACAAGAUGGAGAAGGAAUAUGGAAUUGCUGCGAGGAUGGAGCAUUAUGCAUGCAUGGUUAGCCUCCUAAGUCGAGCUGGCAAGCUGGAUGAAGCUUACAAAUUCAUGGGAGAGAUGCCGUUUUACCCUGAUGCUUGUGUUUGGGGAGCACUUCUCGGUGCCUGCAGAGUGCAUGGAGAAGUGAGACUUGGUGAAAUUGCUGCAGAAAACCUGUUUAAACUUGAGCCUCAGAAUGCCGGGAACUAUGUUCUCUUAUCGAACAUUUAUGCGGCGAAUGGAAUAUGGGAUGGCGUGGAUAGAGUAAGGGAUGAGAUGAAGAGAUUGGGCGUGAAGAAGAACCCUGGCUGCAGCUGGAUUGAGAUCAAGAACAAGGUACACAUGCUUCUUGCUGGAGACAGCUCACAUGCAGAAAUGGAGCAGAUUGUGGAGAGAUUGAAAAAGCUUGGGGUUGCCAUGAAGAGACUUGGUUAUCAACCGAGCACCAACUUUGCGCUGCAAAAUGUCGAGGAACAGGAUAAGGAGGAGAUGCUUUGCGGACACAGUGAGAAGUUGGCUGUGGCAUUGGGACUUAUAAGCACCUGUCCAGGGACUCCUCUCAGAGUCAUAAAGAAUCUUAGGAUAUGUGGCGAUUGCCAUGUAGCUAUAAAGUUCAUAUCAGAAUUUGAAAGGAGAGAGAUACUUGUGAGAGAUACCAAUAGAUUUCAUCUUUUCAAAGAUGGGAAGUGUUCCUGUGGGGAUUAUUGGUGAAAAGCUUUGGCGUUUGCUGCUCCUGCUUAACCUACCUGGCGAUAACCCUCGAGCAGAAAGAGCGAAAGGAGACGGUUCCUGCAAUCUUUAGGCAAUGAAGACUUGCCGGGCAGGUCCUCAUUUUUGUUUCAGAACCAGUUUUAACAGUCUCCCAUUCUUCUGCAGACAUAUAAGCACUCUCAUCUUGGCAGUCUCUUCGCUGCAGAAAGCUGAUGCAGCAUUUGUUCCAUCACUUAGAACACUACACACAGUAUCCACUGCCUUGCUGGUCUUUCAUUCUUCAAUGAAAAUGAAAUACGGUUCUCUAUAACACAGUGAUGGACUACAGGCUACAGCUGGUUGUGGAUACCGGAAGCGGAAUCAUAAGGACAAGUGGAUGGCAGGCUAUCAAAUAAUUUAAUCCUAAAUGGCUUUUACCUAUCGAGCACGGCUAUUUGGAGGCUGAAUGUCUAGAAAAGACAUGGAGGAUCAAGCAAGAAACUAUCCUUCAAGAAGUAGAUAUUAUUGGUUCAAGGAAACCAUUCGAUAUGGUCUUGAAAGAUUUAGGUCUGUACAUAUUGGAUUAUACAUUGAGUGGCCGAUAUAUGCUUGUUGGAGGUCGAAAGGGCCAUUUGGCUAUGAUAGAUAUGAUUACUAUGGAUCUCAUAAAAGAAUUUCAGGCUGUGGCCCCACGAAUGGCUCAUUAUAAGAACUUGAAGAGCUAGGUAGCAUAUGGAUGAUUUCCUGUUGAAAACGCCUCAUCUAUAUUCUUCUUGGUCAUCUAUCUUGUCAUGGAAUUGGUUAGGGAAACAGUGCGUGACGUGGUUUUCCUACAUAAUGAACAAUUUUUCGCAGUCGCCCAGAAGAGUUAUACUCUUUUUUUAUUCUAUUACAAAUUACUGCUAUUGUCAUACUGAUAUGCAAUGGGGUUACCUUCCAGCUUAUUUUCUUCUUUCCUGCUCCAUUACAAACUAUAAAUUGAAAUGGUUAUGAUUUGCAAUUUUACAAUUGCCAAAUAUAUUAUCAUUAUGAUUUUUAAUUGUUAUAGGGCAAUAAUCUUGUUCAUUGAUAUAUUAAGUGAGCAUGUCUACUAUCUAGAACAUUGGAAAAGCAUAAAAGAAAAGUCACACCUACACAUGGGAGCAUGAAUUGAUAAAAGGACUACAAAUGAUCUGUAUUACUUACAGAGAUCUUAGUUUUUGGUUCUCAAAUGGGCCAAUAAAUCUCUCAGCUGAAGAUCAACUUUUUGUUGCUUUCAUUCAUGGAGAUGAUUAGUUCCAUUUUAACUGAAUUCCUGCGGGGAAUUGCUCGGAGGCUUCUUAAAGCUACUUUAGUAGAAGCAGCAAAGAGAAAUAGGAGAUGACAUUCUCUGAUCUCAAGAAGAGUGAUUGCUGGUUAAGCCGCCAUUUCCAUGAUGAAAGCUUACUCAAGCACAGGCCACACUAUCUGUAAGAGGGGGAGUCUUAACUCUUUCUGCUAAUUCUUUUGUAAAGUGUACAUUACCGUUGCAGCUUCGUGGUUCCUGAUAAAGUAACAAUUUUUCUCAUUUCAAAACUAUAAACAUACUAGUUUGCUAACAUGGAUGUUUGAUGACUGUUUUCAAAUCAUGUGAAGAAAGUAAGAACAGGUAAUUUAUGAUUUGUUUAUGAAUCUAGGUAUUAAUUUAUGAUUUUCAACAAUUUUCAACCA